AUGCUCAGAACAUCUUCCGGGUCAGCCGGAAGUGACCGUAGGCGAAAUGGUUGCCAUGGCAGCGGCCGGGGCGCUUGGCUGGGCGCAGGGAAGAUGGCGGUAACCGGUUGGUUGGAGAGUCUCCGGACCGCCGAGAAGACGGCGCUGCUGCAGGACGGGAGAAGGAAGGUGCACUAUUUGUUCCCAGAUGGAAAGGAAAUGGCCGAAGAAUACGAUGAGAAGUCAGGCGAACUACUUGUGAGAAAGUGGCGUGUGAAAAGUGUCCUGGGAGCCCUGGGCCAGUGGCAGAUUGAGGUGGGAGAGCCAGCACUCCCAGGAGCAGGGAGCCUGGGGCCUGAAUUCAUCAAGGAAAACAAUGCCAAUCCCAUCUUCAUGCGCAAGGACACCAAGAUGAAUUUCCAGUGGCGGAUUCGAAACCUCCCCUACCCUAAGGAUGUCUACAGUGUCUGUGUGGACCACAAAGAGCGCUGCAUCGUUGUCAGAACCACCAACAAAAAGUACUACAAGAAGUUCUCCAUUCCUGACCUAGAUAGACACCAGCUACCUCUGGAUGAGUCCUCGCUGAGCUUUGCUCAUGCCAACUGCACGCUGAUCAUCUCUUACCAGAAGCCAAAGGAGAUCCUGGUGGCUGAGGCAGAGCUUCAGAAGGAGCUAAAGAAAGUGAAGACAGCCCACAGCAGUGAUGGGGACUGUAAGACCCAGUAGCAGCUCCCCCCAGGCCUACACCUCGGGGGCAUGGAGGGGGUGAGACUUUUCCUGUUGGCCCAUGAGACUUUGAGGCUUGGGCCUUUCUGGUGCAAGAAAGCUCCUUGCAGGAGCUAUCCAGCCUCUGUGAGAACUGGGCCUUGGGGCGCUCUUAGCCCCCACAUCAUGGUCUUAUCUCGUAAGUAAAGUCAUUCUGAGUCAUUGCGGGUAGACUGCCCUCUUGUCCACCUCUCCAUGCUCCUGUCACCAAGAAGGGUGCUGGUGAUGACACUCCCUUCUCUUCUAUCCUUAGGGACCUCCAACAUUAAAAGCCUUUCGCGUAAAGGGAGGCAUGAGUCUUAGAUGGAGCAGAGGUGGGGGAAGCUCAGAGUUGACGCAAACAGGUUGGGGAAGAUGCCCGCUCGGCGCUGCUGGGCUCAGAGGAAGACUGGGCUGGAAGAGACCCUGUGCCACCUUAGCUUGCAGAAGUGGCCCAGAUGAAUUCCCUAAGGGAAAGAUAAAGACAGAUGGGGCCACUGUGAGCCUAAGAAGGAGGGCAGGCCUGGGGCGGACAGCCGAAAGGAGACAUGGCCCUGAGGCCAGGCUGUGUGCAGCAUUCCCUGGGAGCCCCCCGAGUGCGUGGGCAGAAGGAGCAAGCAGAGGGUGGCCUCAUCCCAGGGACCCUUGAAGGGGGUGAUCAGAUGAGGAAACCAGGGCUCCCUGGCCCAACCCACCAUGCUGCACGGUGAUUCUGUCUAGAGGGAAGAAGGGGCCUAGGGAGGAGCUUCCUGACAGAAGGAAAUUUAGUAAGACCCUGACCCCUCCACCACCAUCUUUGUAGGGACAGCUCACUGGAGGUAGAUGCUGACCCUGAAGGCCCCGAUGUCCCAGCAGGGAGAGCCCCCACCCCCACCCCCCCUUAGUCUGGGCCCUGCUGAGCCGGAGUCCUCUGGUCCCAUCCUCCACCUGCCUCCCUCCCUGUGCUCCCAACACAAGCCACAGCCCACAGAGAGCCCUGUGCUAAAGGGCCCUGAGAUAGGAGAAGCUGUAUCCAUCCACCUCCCAGCCUGCACCUAAGAAUGCCUGUGACCCCCACACCAUUUUACAGCCACCGUUAACACACUGGGUACCUGGGGAUGUUCCCUGGAGAUCCUGGGGGUUCUCGUUCCUACAUCUGUCUCGGGUGUGCGGCCCCAAAAAUGCAACAGUGGCUUUCAGGGGAGGGAAAGGAUGGGAGAGUGACAGUCCACCUUCCCACAUCGGCUCCCAUGGGGACAGAGGGCCUGAAGGUAUAAGCUGGGCUGAACACGGUCACUCAGAGAACGGGAGGCUUUUCCUCCUUCCCACCCUCCCCUCUCUCUUCCUUUCUUUGAGCAACAGCCACUUAAUGAGCUCCUUCUGUAUACAAGGCAUUGUGCCAAGCAGGAUCUAUGGGGACAUGUCAGAUCCAACUUUGAAGGAACGAUCCCUGUUCUCAAGGAGUUUUCCACCCAGUGAAGGAGGGAGUCUGUCAUGUAUCCAGCUAUCAGUAUGAGGGGUGACUGAGUCAGUUCCAGAGGAGAAAUGAAAGUUUUAUAAAAGGACAGAUAAGAGAACAUUUCAGCCUGUGGUAUGGAGUGAUUCCUCAGUGAGUGACAGGAGCAGCAGGAGGGCCGAGGCGAAGGGCCAGGGUAGAGCCGGGGCACCCGGCCUGUGUUUUCACCUGGCAGGCACUCCGAUAUGCCCAGGAUCUGGCUUCCAGACCAUGGUGGCCUUUGGGUGCGUACUGCUCAGCUGGUCUGAGCUCCGGGAGGGGCAGGGAGGCGCUGUCCUCGUCCAGCGCUCAGGUGGGGAGGGUGGGAAUGGAGGAGGCACAUAGGUCCCAAAUGUAACCACAGGGUGGCAGAGACCAGGAGAAGCCCACGGAUGCUUCGCCUGCCUCAGCCCCAUCAGGUGAGAGGGAAGGGCCCUGCCCGAGCACACAGCCGCUCGCGUGCAUGUGUGUGCGCGUGCACAGCCCCCGGCGCCUGCCCGCGCACACGUGUUCAGACACAAUGGCUCAAAGGCCAGGCAGCCGGGCAGCCCACUUUGUACUGCUAACAAGGGGACCGUAAUUACAGGAAGGGGCAGCCGGGCAGAUAAAAGGAUACAAAAUUUCAACAUCUGUUGCCAUAAAGGGAUAAGGAGAAGUGAAACGCAAAGUAUCAGUUUGGUGUCAGCAGGCAGAGAGCCAAUUUCAAAGAGUUCAGGGGGACAGAGGGGACAAGAAAGAAAAAGGAAAGGGGGGAGAAAGAAAAGAAAGA